CCCUACGAGGUUCGUUUCUAACCAGUUGCCGCCGCCGCUCGCUCGCUCGCUCGCUCUCUCUCUCUCUCUCUCUCUCUCUCUCUCUCUCUCUCUCUCUCACACACACACACACACACAUUUGUACGGGGGCGGUGAGUAGACAAGCGAGAUGCCACGCACAACAAAAGUGGAGUGCCCUGGUUGCCCUCCAAUUCGCGCCCUAACGUUCGACGUGCUUGGUCUCGUUAAAGUUGUUGAAGCUCGUAGUAAGCAAGGUGGAGUACCGAAGGUGGUCGAGAGAUGGGGCGACCCGGACUCGUCGAGAUGCGUGCUCGCUGCCUCGAUAAAUGACCGUAAAUCUGACCCUUUGUUGGCUGUUGCAAGGAAAAGUGGUGUGGUUGAGGUUCUUAGUCCUCUCAAUGGGGAUCUUCGAGUUUCCAUUACCAACUCUUGCCAUCCUGAUUUACAACCUGAAGAUGAUACCAUCGUUGGAUUGCAUAUAUUCAAAAAACAGAUUCUGGAAUCAUCAUACAGGUCAUGCACCUUACUAACAUGCACAACAAAAGGACAUGCAAGCAUGAGGUCUGUUGAAGUUCUCAAAUCACCACAUGAUUCUAUCUCCAGUGACUCUCCGACGACGUGGAAUGUAUGUGCUGCUGGAAAUAUCUUGUGUUCAAAGGUGGAUGGAAAUGAAAACUAUGCUAUAUUUGGAGGGAAGGGAGUUGAACUUAAUGUGUGGGAUCUUGACGCAUGCGCUAAAAUUUGGAAUGCGAAAUCUCCUGCAAAAAACAGUCUUGGUAUAUUCACUCCAACGUGGUUUACAUCUGCAACAUUCUUAAGCAACGAUGAUCAUCGCAAAGUUGUGGCUGGGACCAAUAACCAUCAGGUGCGCCUCUAUGAUAUUUCUUCUCAGAGAAGACCAGUUAUGUCAAUGGAUUUUAGGGAGUCCCCAAUUAAAGCAGUUACUGAAGAUCUAGAUGGUAAUACCAUAUACAUAGGGACUGGGUCUGGUGAUCUUGCUGCUUUUGACAUGCGCACAGGGAAACUGCUAGGGUGCUUUGUGGGUAAAUGUUCUGGAAGUAUAAGGUCAAUAGCCAGGCACCCCGAGUUCCCAGUGCUAGCUUCAUGUGGGCUGGAUAGAUAUUUGCGCUUUUGGGAUGUUACGUCACGGCAGCUACUCUCUGCAGUUUUCUUGAAGCAGCAUCUUUCAAAUGUUGUUUUUGACUCUAAUUUUAAUGACGAAGGUGCUUGUUCAGAUUAUCAAACGUUGUCACAUGGAAAUGUUCGAACAGAAUUAGCUAGCACCGCAGAAGACCUGCCUUCGAAUAAGGCGCAAGAUGAAGAUGAUACACUAGACGAAGACAUGGAAGAAUCACUACCUGUGAAACGAAAGAAAGCAUCUCAAGAGCGCAACCCAAGCAAGAAGCUAAAACCCAAGAAAAGGAGCAAGAAACUAGAAGGCAAGGAUUUUGACGCGUCAUGAAAUGCACGGGUCUUGUCUUUUGGUGAAAUCCACAAGUCUGGAUAAAUUAACCUUGAGAUGCAGACAAGCUCAGAAAGCUAGAUGAUUUCAGCAUAUGGCAGCUGCUAUGCUGCCCACAAUUUUGGAGAAGUUUCAUGUAUACAUAUUAAUCACUUGGAUACUACCAGAGGAUUUGAACUUUGUAUUUUAUUGUAUCGGCUAGGUUAGAGUCGUUAAGAUGGCCUUGCAAAUGGGGGGUUGGCUGGCAAGGCUCUUAUGAAUUUGAUUGUUCAACUGUGGCCUUCUUUUAUUUUUUAGUUUGUAAUAAUUUGUGGUCUCAAAGCUCUGGCAUUUGUGCAUUGCUGUAAGACAUACUAUCUUUUAUUGUUCCCGAAGUGAAAAGAUCCUUCUAUACGUUAAAA